GUCGCCACUCACACGCCCUCAGAAACAGGAAGCCUGUCCCUUGCCUCCUCCAAGCAGAAGAUGUCUCAGCAGUUCCAGGGUGCACAGGAGCUUUCAAGAGUCACCCUCAUUGUGAGCUGGUGAGUUUGUCACACAUGAGCUGGUUUCUUACCUGGAUCUGUCUCUGCGUGGGAGUCGGCAUCCCGUCGCUCUUCUUGAGACUAAGGCUACCACUUCCAGGAAUGCUCAGGGCAAACUCGUCUGUGGGGGCACCUCACCCACCCACACUGCCAAGUCUCCACCCUGGCCCCUGGCCCCCACCAGGACCCCCUCCCGCACCAUGAGGGUCCUCUGGUGGGUCUUGCGGGAGCGACACAGGGCAGUGAGAAGAUUCUGGCUUCCGGACAGCCGCGGGUCGUCAGCUUCCCUGGAAAAGGGAUGCUUGCCUAGCGAUGACGCCUGGGUCUCUCCCCCGUGGGCAGACUAGAAAGGGGAAGUGGUCAGGAUGAGGCUCACUGUCUUGAGCGGUGGGUGAGGGCCUGUGAGUGAGGAAUGCCUCUCGCCAGCUGUGCCUGAACCGCAGCACUCCAGCCACUGCUGUCUCCUUAGCCGCUCGGAUACCUUCACAGUUCAGGAUUCCACUGCAAUGAGUUGGUGGAGGAACAAUUUUUGGAUCAUCUUAGCUGUGACCAUCAUCGUUGUCUCUGUGGGCCUGGGCCUCAUCCUGUAUUGUGUCUGUAAGUGGCAGCUUCGACAAGGCAAGAAAUGGGAAAUUGCCAAGCCCUUGAAAAACAAGCAAGCAGAUGAAGAAAAAAUGUAUGAGAAUGUUCUUAAUGAGUCGCCAGUUCAAUUACCACCUCUGCCACCAAGGAAUUGGCCUUCUCUAGAAGACUUCUCCCCACAGGAAACCCCAAGUCAGCCGCCACCUACAUACUCAUUGGUAAAUAAAGUUAAAAAUAAGAAGACUGUUUCCAUCCCAAGCUACAUUGAACCUGAAGAUGACUAUGACGAUGUUGAAAUCCCUGCAAAUACUGAAAAGCAUCAUUUUGAAACAGCCAUUUCUUCUUUUUGACAAAACUGAAGAGGGUUCACACGACUUAUUUUAAAACAAUGAAGAAUGGUUAACUUCAGUAGGUCUCUGGGCCCUGAAAGCCAGUGGUGAUUUUAUGAAGCUCUAUAAGAUAAAGCACUUGCCAAACCUUAGAUGAAGGCACCCCGGCAAUCAGAUGACUGCAGCCAGAGGAGAGACAUGGGUGCUCGGCUCUGAGGACUUAGAGGGGUCAGCCUUGCGUUGUUGAGGGAAGUUUCCACGGGAAGGACCAUGGGGCUCCAUGGCUCCCACCUGUGAGAAACUACUCAUUUCUUGGCACUCUUUCCCCCUUCAUUCCCUUUGGUUUGCAUGGUUCUGAGUGAUCUGAAAUCUCUGCAUUUGGUGUUGCAGACCCUCCCAGGCUCCCAUCCCCAGCAAGGCCCUCACCAAGCAUGCUGGUCUUUACCCUCUCACCCCACCCACCUCCUGCAAUGUGAGGCCGUGGGUGAGUUACAGCUGAGUGCUCUUGUGCCCAGGCUCCCAUACCACAUCUCGCAAGUUUGCAAGGGCAGGGAGUACCUUUUGUUCUUGUGAACCCUCCCCACCUAGACACCCAGAAAACCCCAGUGCCUUUAUAUGACAUAGGCCAACUUGACCACAGAGAUUUGAGUUUUCCCCUAGGUUUUUGCCCUGUGCUUGCAAGUUGUACCGUAACAAUGGACAAAGGACAAAAGUUACCUUCUGAUUUA